CAACUGUGUGAUUAUUGUGCAGCUCGCCGUAUAAUGGCUGUGACAAAGCCUGUGUCACAGCACUUCCUUCUCUUACCCCGUGCUGUGCUGCAGACAAAGCCAGACACGUGCCUAUUAAGGGUGAAUAGUACAGGCUGAGAGGGACUCCCCUCCUCCCUGGAUGGAAGGCUCCAGUGUAGAAGAGACGUACAGAACAGCCGGUGCCUGCACCUUGUGACAGCUCUCGCAGGGUGCUGAAGGGAUACAGGCGAAGUGUUUGGACAGGCUCUGCUAUUCUCCCCUAAAGUGUGACUGGGGACCCCGCCGUUGCUCCCCUCUGCCUAGUAAGCAGCUCCCUCCUUCCCAUGCUAAUCCCCUGCUGGCACUGAUUGUGCCCCUUUGUCUCAGGUGCUGCAGGGUUGACCCCCCUGGGAGGAGUUCGGGCAGGGGUCACACGGUGUGCCAUGCACUGAUCCCCCUCCUCCUGCUGCCGGCCUGUACCUCCUUCCCAACGAUCCCAGGGACAUAAAUGAUAGAGGAUACCAUGACUUUGCUGUCUCUCCUGGGUAGGAUCAUGCGCUACUUCUUACUCAGACCGGAGACCCUGUUCCUGCUGUGCAUCAGCCUGGCCCUGUGGAGUUAUUUCUUCCACACCGACGAGGUGAAGACGAUCGUGAAGUCCAGCCGGGACGCCGUGCAGAUGGUUAAGGGGAAGGUGGCUGAGAUCAUGCAGAACGACCGGCUCGGGGGGCUCGAUGUGCUGGAGGCUGAGUUCUCCAAGACAUGGGAGUUCAAGAGUAACAAUGUAGCCGUCUACUCCAUCCAAGGCAGGAGAGACCACAUGGAGGACCGCUUCGAGAUCAUCACAGACCUGGUCAACAAGAGUCACCCGUCUAUCUUUGGCAUCUUCGAUGGGCAUGGAGGAGAAUCUGCGGCCGAAUACGUGAAAAUUCAUCUUCCCGAAGUGUUGAAACAGCAUCUUCAAGAUUUUGAAAAGGACAAAGAAAACAGUGUGCUUUCCUACCAGACAAUCCUUGAACAGCAGAUCCUGGCAAUAGACCGUGAAUUGCUCGAGAAGCUCACCGUGUCUUAUGAUGAAGCAGGUACUACAUGCUUAAUUGCAUUGCUGUCUGAUAAGGAGCUUACUGUUGCAAAUGUUGGAGAUUCGCGUGGUGUCCUGUGUGACAAGGAUGGAAACGCUAUUCCCUUAUCACACGAUCACAAGCCAUACCAGCUGAAGGAAAGGAAGAGGAUUAAAAGAGCUGGUGGCUUCAUCAGUUUCAACGGUUCUUGGCGUGUUCAAGGUAUUUUGGCAAUGUCCCGUUCCCUUGGGGAUUACCCCCUGAAAAACCUAAAUGUCAUCAUCUCAGACCCUGACAUCCUGAGCUUUGACCUGGACAAACUUCAGCCGGAAUUCAUGAUCUUGGCAUCUGAUGGCCUGUGGGACGCAUUUAGCAACGAAGAAGCUGUCCGGUUUAUCAAGGAGCGUUUGGAUGAACCUCAUUUUGGAGCCAAGAGCAUCGUUUUACAAUCGUUUUACAGAGGAUGCCCCGAUAACAUAACUGUCAUGGUAGUAAAGUUCAGGAAUAGUAGCAAAACAGAAGAACAAUAAAGUAUCUGUACAUCUGGACUUUAAGGCGGCCUAUUUUAACUUAGUAGGAAAAUGUGAAACCCUUAUUAAGAUUGUUCUACAGACCCCAUAUCUAUGUCUAAGACAACAGAUGUGGACUCAUUGCAACUAAUGUAAUCAUCAAACGCAGAACACACAAAAUAUAGAUAUAUAUAUAAAGGUUCCCACAUUGUUACUCCAUUAACAAUACAAUAUCUGUAAUAAAAGGAAGUGUUACUACAGCUGGUACGUUAUUUAUUGGUGAUGGGGUAAUCAAAUUGUGUAUUGGAAACUAAAAAAUGUAAAGUACAAUUCAUUUCUUUACAUUUAUUGUAGAGUAUAUAGGUUCCUGUAGGAACUAAGGAGAAUUUUAACUUAUCACACCUCUGUACAUAUAGUCAGAUGUGAAUGUAUCUUUAGAGUUGUAACAUUUAUACAUUUUAUUUGUUCAUAAAAAACUGCUCUAUAUAAGGAAUAUUGUGU